AUGGCAGCGACCGACGCCCAGCAAACGUCUUCCUUGGACACGGCCAGGCAUAUCAAGUACUGGCAGCGUUGCCACGGCACCUACCUGCCAUCGGCCUACACGGCAAAUGACUCGACGCGCCUGACCUUUGCCUACUUCAUCGUCUCGGCCCUCGACCUGCUGUCGUCCCCCCUCUCCGCAGAGGACCGCUCCGCCGUCCGCUCCUGGGCCCUGAGCCUCCAGCACCCGGACGGUGGCUUCUGCGGCAGCUCCACCCAUACCCUUCCCGGGCUCGACGCCGCCAAGGGCUCCGCCAACCUCGCCGCCACCUUUUUCGCCCUGCUGUUGCUCGGCGUAGCCGCCGAUAACGACGCAGAGGCCCGGGCUGCCUUUGCGGGGGUGCAACGCCGGAAGCUUCUCCGGUGGCUGAGAAGGCUGCAGCGCGAGGAUGGGAGCUUCGGCCAGAUCCUGUGGGACGGCGAGCCGCAGGGCGGCAGGGACAUGCGCCACAGCUACCUUGUCAGCGGCAUCAGAUGGAUGUUGAGGGGGCCCGCUGAGCCCGGUGACGAGGCUUGGGAAGAUGACGUUGAUGUGGACGCCAUGGUGGCUCAUGUCCGACAGGGCCAGACGUACGACGGCGGUCUCGCCGAGGCCUCGGAACACGAAUCUCAUGCGGGAUACGCCUAUUGCGGGAUAGCAGCAUUGUACAUGCUGAAUCGUCCGUUGUCAUCGUCUACUGGGCCUCCAAAAGGGGCCGCCAUUGCACAGGGCGUCGUGGAUCGUCAGGCAUUGAUCAACUUUCUCGCGCACAGGCCAUUCGAGUAUCUCGCGUCGCGAGAAGAGGAAGAUGACGGGGAGGAGGGAAACUUUAUUGGAGCUGAGGCGGGUGAGCCGAGCUCGUCCAAGGGGAGCUGCCACGUCGGGUACAAUGGGCGGUGGAACAAAAAGGCAGACACGUGUUACUGCUGGUGGGUGGCGGGAGCCCUGACGAUGCUCGACGGCCAGGACCUCAUCAACACGGCCCCGUCCCGGCGAUACAUGCUCGACAUCACGCAGCACCAGAUCGGCGGCUUGUCCAAGUCUGUCGGAGGCCCACCGGAUGUCUUUCACUCGUAUCUCGGGCUAGGCGCCUUGGCCUUGCUGGGCGAGCCGGGCCUGAAGGAGUUUGACGUCGGGCUGUGCUGCAGCCGGGACACGGCGCGCAAGGUUGGCCUUGCGAGAGAUGGGCUGUUGGAGGCGCAAACAACGGAUGGGUUUGAUGACGAUGGCUUUUGGGAGAGUCUGGCUCAGGGGCGAAAUGGUGCCAUGGCCUCGACACCACCCCAGGAGUCCGCCCCGGACCCGUGGGACGACAAGACAAGAGAAAAGUUUGAGGGCAAAUCAAAGAGCGAGUACUACGACCCGUGCCAAGAGGCUGCACAGCGGAGCUACCGCUGUCUGUACCGCAACGGCGGCGACAAGUCCAUGUGCGGCGACUUUUUCCAGGCGUAUCGCGACUGCAAGCAGGCAUGGACUGAGCGGCGGAAGAAGGAGAGUGGCGGCAGGUUUUGGUGA